UAAUGAACGAAGGUUGGUCAAAGGAUUUAAACGAAAAAGAGCUGGAAGAGGAAUUGAAAGAAGCAAUGUCAGCUGCAAGGGCUUGGAUGGAGAUUAUUCCAGAAAAUAAUGCUGAAAGAUCCAUUGGGACUGUAGAAGUGGGUGAAACUGUUCUAUUGACACUAAAAUCAACUUUACCAGUUGGUAUUGGCUGGAGAAUUGUCGAUUGUACAGCUCAUGAUGGUCUAGGAGACUCUUCCCAGAAACUUCUUGACGAAAACGGUUGUCCUUUGGACGAAACUUUACUGCCAGCACCGAAAUUCGGCCCAAUAAAACCCAUAGCUUCGAUGCGGCAUCAAGAAGCUGUAGCCAAAUUUGCUGCUUUCAAGUUUCCAGAUCGGGACAGGUUGCAUUUGCAGUGCAGGUUGCAAAUAUGUAGAGGAGUUUGUGCAAAAAUUGAUUGUAAUAAAAACGAAAAUCGUAUUGGGAGGUCUUCAAGUGAAGAAGGUGAAGUUUUAGACAGGCUGGAGGUGUACAAUAGUGUUGAAGUAAUUGCUCCCGAAAUCGAUGAUGCUAGUGAUUAUAGAAAAAAAAUACAAUCAGCUGAUUUCGACACGUAUCCAUUUCCAAAAAUACCAGGCGACCGGACAUUUUGCGUGUCGAUAGACAAAAUGGCGAUAGCCUUUUGCAUUUUGGGCCUCAUAUUUUUGCUUGCAGUUGUAGUGGCUGCUUGCUCUCUAUUGAAAGCCAAAAGAUCUCAACAUGGAGUACAAUAUUACACAAGGAGCUUAUUCUCAAGCAGUAGCAGCGGAUCGGCUUUUGGCAGUAAACUGUUGUUACAGGAAAGUCCAGUUUUUGGACAAUCGUCUUCGUCUGUAUCUAACAGGAUGCAAUAUGGAAGGAUUUUGUAAUAAGACUGAUAAAUUAAAAAGUAAAAAUCAAAUAUUAAAGCUGGAACCAUCCAGAGAGAUUAAUAAUAUAAUUAUUAUUGUAUAGUUUAUUUGGGAUUUAAUGUUUAAAGUAUACUCAAGCCUUUACAUAUGCUUAAGUACACUUUGGGCAAAAGACAAUAAUUUUGGUUUUGUACAUUUUAAAAUAGGUGAUUGAUGUGCAUUAACCAAUAUUACUCUAAAGGGUGCUGGGCUG